GCAACCAGCAGCAAUCAUGGCAGAUACUCUUGUUCUUCGUGGAACACUUAAAGGCCACACUAAUUGGGUUACUGCCAUUGCAACUUCUCCCGAGUCUCCCGACACCAUUCUCUCGGCCUCUCGUGACAAGACUGUUAUUGUCUGGCGCUUGACUCGUGAUGACUCCAACUACGGUGUUCCUUACCGCUCGCUCACUGGACACAACCACUUUGUAUCUGAUGUUGUGAUUUCAUCUGACGGCCAAUUUGCUUUGUCUGCCUCAUGGGAUAAGACUCUCCGUCUGUGGGAUCUGAGCACUGGAAAGACCACUCGCCAGUUUGUUGGCCACACCAACGACGUUCUUUCAGUUUCAUUCUCUCCUGACAAUCGUCAGAUUGUUUCUGGAUCGCGUGACAAGUCCAUCAAGCUGUGGAACACUCUUGGUGAGUGCAAGUACAACAUCAUUGAGGAUGGUCACUCUGAGUGGGUCUCUUGCGUCAAAUUCUCUCCCAAUCCCUUGAACCCUGUUAUUGUUUCCUCUGGAUGGGACAAACUUGUCAAGGUCUGGGAUCUUAGCAAGGGAAAACUCAAGACAAACCACUACGGUCACACUGGCUAUAUUAACACUAUUACAAUUUCUCCUGAUGGAUCACUUUGUGCCUCGGGUGGUAAGGAUGGUGUGACUAUGCUGUGGGAUCUUAACGAUGGUAAACACUUGUACUCUCUCGAGGCUGGUGAUAUCAUUAGCGCACUUGUGUUCUCUCCCAACCGAUACUGGCUCUGUGCUGCCAGUGGCAGUGGUAUUAAAAUCUGGGAUCUUGAGAGCAAGUCUGUUGUUGCUGAUCUUAAGCCCGACUUUGCCCCUCAAGGCAAGAAGAGCACUGUUCCUCAAUGCAUCUCUCUUGCCUGGUCAGCCGAUGGCCAGACUCUCUUUUCUGGACACACUGACAAUGUCAUUCGUGUGUGGCAAGUCACCCGCGCAUAAACAUCAUGCAGUUUGGAUUCUUGAAAUGAACAGGUGUUUUUAGCAUGAAUAGC